GUUGUCGCUGAAGAACAUUUUACUCCCACGGUUGUGACGCAAGGGCGAGUAAGAUUGCUGGGCAAUUCCUCGCAAACGUUAGUUUUUGUUGUUUCCAGUGCAUAUAUUGACGCUCUUACGAAAAUAGGUGGUCGAGCGAUCAAAGGCUUGGAAUUAUAAUCUUCCUUGACGCUGUCGAAGAGGCGCUAGGAUGAGCUCAGCGUGUUUGGGGAUUGAUCAUAACACAUGAAGAUCUUAAACAUUUUCAUUCAUGCAGUGGUCCUCUGGACCUUGGUCGAGUGUAGGAAUGUUGGAAGAUUCAAGAGAUCGCUGGAUGUCGAAGACAAGGGGAGUAACUUGACUCAGAAACAGAACUUGGGAGCAAUCCACUCAGAAGGUCUCCAACAUUUCACCUCCCCCCCUCCACCCACCCCUGGACAUUCCACCCCUUCCCUGACCAAAGACCUGCCCUUCCUCCCAGAGGACAUCAACAUUCAAAGCCUGAAGAAUGACGACCACCUUCGUGUAUCAUACAACAGGAAAAUCUCUAUUGCCAAGGAGAACUCUGAUGCAGAUUCUUCCCAGGAACAAAAGAAACUGCAGAAGAGUAAUACAAACGAUGAAAUCUACUUCAAAUUUAACAAGACAGGAGUGUCCUCGUCAACCGCAUCAGAAUUGGUCAUCUCACAUACGUCUUACGACCACAGUUCCUCAUCUGUCGUUUACGACGAGGAGAACAGUGAUGAGCAAACGGAAGCAAUCAGCUCAACCUCAGAAACGUCCAAAGUAGAUUCCGAACGGAAGAAUUUGGAAAUUAAAAAGAAGGAGAAAGGGAAAAAAGAGAUUCUAGAUUCUGUAACAGUUCCUACUGACUCCGUCGGGGCUGGGAAAUUAGAAAAGCCCUUCAAAGACAGUUUACUUAAUAGUAAAUUAAAAGAUAAAAAAGACUCCACUUCAGAAGCACUUGAUGACAGAAGAAGUACAACAAGUAGAAUAAGUAGUAGUAGUAAUAUUAGUUUAAGUGAACAUGACAAUAAUAAACUCAGUAGUUUAGAUUUGCUUAAGGUGAAUCCGCCCAGUAACAAUAAGGAGGCAGCCAACCAAAGUGUAAAUUCUGUGAUAAAUGUUAACGGUGUAAAUAACGACUUGUUGAAGAAGCCUAAAGUGAAAACACCUUUAAAGAAGGUACUAGAUGAUGGUAGCAGUGGUGAAGUCCACAAUGCUGCUGCUAGUAGUACCCAGGUUGUAGAGGUAGCAGGAAAGAAGAUGGCAUCUACAACAAAUCAAGACAUCUUUUCAACCGCUACACCUGCAGCUUCUAUUUUACCGAACUCUGAAAUACCAACUGACCAGAAACUAAACCCAACAACUAGACGAUUCCAACUAGAGGAUUCCACUUCUUCAAAGGUAGAUUUACUACCGAAAGUUACGAGUUCUUCGAUGUCAACAGUGAUAAAACCAAGUAUUGCUUUUAAGCAGCAAUUGGCAAACAAACUAAAAGGUUUUGAGCCAGUUCCUACCGCACCUAUGGCUCCCAUUGAAGAAACGGAUGAAGUUCAAAGUAAAAUUGGUGGAAAGUCUUCCAGCAAGUUCAUUCUCAGGAAGAAACCAACACCUUUGAAGCUAGAUCACGCUCCUCUUCUGGAAAUUAACAUUCCUCCAACUGCUACAGCCUGGACUUUGGCAUCAUUGAAGUCUUCAACAGAACCUUUGAGAAGCUCUCAGAAACCAGAGUCUGCUCCAGAGUUGCCACCAUUAGUUGAUGCAACUCCACAAUCACAACUUACCACUUUAACUCCCGUAUCGAGGGUGAGGAGUUUUGUCCCUUGGUCUACAAGACUACUCAGGAGCAGAAGUACCAAACCACCUGCCACUCUCCCUGUUGAGGUUGAGAAAGAAACCACUAUGUCAAAACCAGACCCAACCACUUCAUCACAAGUAAAUUCAAGUAAUGCCUCACCAAGCUUUGACACAAAAGCACAAUCAUCCACAGAAGAACAAAGUAUCAUCAGAACUACAACGGAACUAGACAGAAACCAUUCAGAAACUUCUAUUAAUAUUAUUCAGGCAAUUACUGAUGAUGUUAUGAUAAAGGACCAGUCUUCAGCAAGACCCCAACAUGUUGUAAAAGCAGAAACUAAAGCACCAGUGAUAGAAACAUCCGAAACAGACAAAGAAACUCCAGCAGUUCAAUCUGUAAACGACAAUGAGAGCCAAGUGGUGGAAAAUGUGAUAGAAUCCAAACAACUGCUUGAGGAAAACGAGUCUCAAAAUAAGAAGGAGGAGAAAAACUUGGAAAAGCUAGAAGAAAGUGGACUACACAACACAAAAGUCUUAGAAAAUGAAGCACAUCAAGACAUUGUAAAUGAAAACGUGAACGAGGUAAAAUCUAAAGAAAGUGAUGGUAAAAAACAGGAAAAUGUAUUAUUGACCUCUAAAAAUAGUUCUGUAACAAAUAUUGACACCAAAGCAAAAAAUGUCAGCGAACACUUAGAUACAGCGGUUGAAAUGGAAAACCCAGAUGACAACAAAUCCGGGGAGGAUAGUGAAGAAGAAGAACACCAAAACCAAACUACAACUCUGCCUCCGAUAUUUGAACCGUUUGAAACAACCACGGUAAUGGAUCUCGACGAGGAUGUGGAUGAAAACGACAGAGAUGAGGAUGAAUUUCCCUCACUUAUGAAUAAAACAGUCGUGCUGAAAACAGCUACGACAAAUAAACCGAAUGAAACAAACUCCUCUCCGAGUUCAAAUACAGGGUCAUCAGAUUCAAAUGGAACAUAUAUUACAAGCAUUGACAUAAUCUCCAAAGAUAACAAAGUUCAUACAGUUACAAGCAAGCCUUCUGAAGGUGACAUCAACUGGUACAAUGUGGAGACGAAGGUAAAUAACGAGUCUGUGGAAGAAACUAGCGAGAAACCGAGUCCUGUCGAGGUGACUACUAAUGUACCUGAGACUACGAACGAACCCGAGACGACAAAACUGACCGAGCUUCAGACCACUGAGCUACCUGACAACAGCUCCGACACAGUAACCACGAUGAUGCCUAGUACCACAACGGUCCCACCGCAGUCAUCGACAGUAUCCGAGACAGAGUUUGUAGACAAGGAUACAGAGUUUGACAGAGUGGAGGAUCCGUCGUCCUGUGUCAGAGUCAUUGUACACAUGUCUCCAAUGAGGUUGUGUCGACAACAACAACAGCUGAGGGAGAGUAUUGCGGCCCAGCUGACUCCACACAUUGUAUCCUGGGACCAAGUUUUGAUUUUGAAACCACAGGAGUGUGAUUCUGGAGAUAUUUCUGAUCGAGAGCAAGAUUUGAGUGUUCAUGUGUGCUUCACUGGACAAGAUGAACUUCCCAGUCCUGCCAUUCGAAAUGAGUUUUUGAAACGCUUCUCUGAAACGAUAGCUGAUCCUAAUUUUCCUAUUAUCAAUGUUCAGAUGAUCAUGGACCCUCCGAUGAUGAACCCUGAUGGUUUUGACAAUGUAUUGGCGGCCAUCAUCCUGUCAGGAAUUGCAGCCAUUUGUCUGGUGUUGCUGGGAAUACUGCUGGUGAUUGUGCGUAAACGUCAAGGGAGGUUCAACUACGGCCAGCGCUGCACACCCGUCUCUCUAGAUGACUACAGCCUAGACAACAUUUCUGUGUACAACAGUGUCCGUAGAAAGGGAGCCCUUCGUGCCUCCAAACGCUCCUAUGGCAACCCUGGCUUUGAUGACCCAGGAGCGCCGACUCAUUCUAUAAACUUUGCGGGAUUGGCCAACUUCAGUAGUGAUCGUCGGGCUUUAGACGAGGAGUUCAACCAGAUUCCGAUGAUCACGGUGAAGCCAGACGAGCUGCCGCCGGGAGCUGAGAGCAAGAACCGCUACGCCAAUGUGAUCCCUCUACCCGAGACAAGAGUUAUGCUGCAAACCAAGGAAGGAGCUGAUCAUUUGGAUGAUUACAUCAACGCAAACUAUAUCAAGGGUCCCAAAGGACAAGAGAAGCUGUAUAUAGCAUGCCAAGCUCCGCUACAAUCCACCAUUGAGGACUUUUGGAGGAUGGUUUGGCAACAACAGACAAAAGUGAUCCUCAUGCUUACUGCUCUCAAUGAAAAUGGAGUGGAAAAAUGUGCCGACUAUCUUCCACAACUUGAGAUCACCGAUUGCCACAGAAUGUUUGGAGACUUCCAAGUAACUCUGAAGAAGCAUGAAGUUAGAGAAAAGUAUAUCAUCUCCAGCCUUCAGCUAAAGAACCUGGAGACCAACCUGUGGAGGGAAGUUACUCACCUCUGGUACGUCAGUUGGCCCGCCCAAGGCGUUCCGGACGAUUGCAGUUCCAUGAUAGCGUUCCUGAUAGAGGCGCGUUCGUACAUGCGCGGUGCACAGGGCCCCACCGUCGUACACUGUAGUCCCGGCACCGGUCGUACUGGUACCGUCAUCGCCAUAGACCUCUGCAUCCGGGACUUUGAGACUCUACGCAGCGUUGACAUACCCAAGACCGUCUACGCUCUGAGGAGGGACCGGGCUGGAUGUGUGCAAACCAAGGACCAGUAUUCUUUUAUCUAUCAGGUGCUGAACUUGUACGCUACCAAACUGACUGGAGGUGCUCUGGAUUCUAUUUGAAUUGUUAAUUUAUGAACCGACUUCUUGCCUGAUUCUUCCCUUUUUAGAACAUUAGAUCAGUUUUGUAACCAAUCUUCUAGUUUGCAUAUAUCAGUAAAAUCCAUUUAUUUGACAAACUAUUAACAUCUUACUCUGAAACAUUUUUACCUCUUUAGUUUCCGAAUUAAUAUCAUAUUAUUUGUAUAAAGUAUAUCUAUUAAGUAUUGUUUAUAUUCUCUCUAUUAAUCUUUAAAAUUUGUACAUAUAGGACUGUAAAUGUUUUAAUUUUUUUUUGUGGACAUUUAUUUAUCAUUGUUUGACAAAUUUGUGGAUGCUAGUUUAUAUUUUGACAUUAAUUUUAACCAGUUUAAUCAAAAUUGAAAUUGAGUUUAUAUAUAAAAAAAAAAUGACUCAAUCAGUAUUACUCAUUAAGAUCGUCUCUGUAAUAAAUCAUUGGUGUUCACUGUAGUUUAAUAUAUUAUUUGUUAAUGUACAUACCUAAAUAUUUUUGUAAUCAGUUAUACGUCCCUGUUGUUUAUAUUUAUGUAACCUAUUGUAUAUUCUUAAAUGUGAUAUUGCUGUUUUUGUUUUUGAUGUUUAUAUUUCUUGUUAUACCAUAAUAUUUGUACCCUACCCAUAUCCUGAAGUAUGAUUCACGUAUGUAAUGUUAUGAAUAAAUAUUUUUCUUUGUAUCUUUGAA